AUGUACAUUGCUAUUUGUCUUGCCAUUGCACUUGUAAAACUUUGCAACGGGUUGGAAAAUGGACUUGCCAGAACACCUCCCAUGGGAUGGCUGUCAUGGGAACGUUUUAGAUGCAAUACCGAUUGUGUAAACGAUCCAGAUAAUUGCAUAAGCGAGCAGCUUUUUCAAACGAUGGCUGACCUUUUAAUAACAGAAGGAUAUGCGUCUGCUGGGUAUGAGUUUAUUAAUAUUGACGACUGCUGGCUUGAUCGACGUCGAGCACCAGAUGGCAAGCUUGUACCUGAUGGCAAACGGUUUCCCAAUGGAAUACGAGCGCUGUCUGAUUAUAUUCAUUCCAGAGGCUUAAAAUUCGGUAUUUACGAAGAUUUUGGAAAUUAUACUUGUGCUGGGUAUCCAGGUAUAAUAGGAUAUGAGAAACUUGAUGCGCAACUAUUCGCAGAUUGGAAUGUUGACUAUGUUAAGCUGGAUGGUUGUUAUGCCUUACCACAGGAUAUGGAUAGAGGCUAUACAGAAUUUGGAAAACUUUUAAAUAAUACUGGUAAACCGAUGGUCUAUUCAUGUAGCUGGCCUGUUUAUCAAAUAUAUGCUGGUAUCCAACCUAAUUUUUCGGCAAUAAAAACACAUUGUAACCUUUGGAGAAACUAUGAUGAUAUUCAAGAUUCCUGGAUGUCCGUUGAAAGCAUAAUUGAUUAUUAUGGCAAUAACCAAGAUAUAAUCGCACCCAACGCAGGCCCUGGACAUUGGAAUGAUCCUGAUAUGUUAAUUAUUGGAAACUUUGGCCUUAGCUACGAACAGGCAAAAACGCAAUUCGCUAUUUGGGCUAUUUUAGCUGCUCCACUUUUGAUGUCCGUAGACUUGAGAACUAUACGACCAGAGUUUAAAGCAAUUUUGCAAAAUAGAAAAGUUAUUUCUGUGGAUCAAGAUCCAUUAGGAGUACAGGGUCGACGGAUAUACAAACACAAAGGAAUUGAAAUUUGGUCAAAGCCUUUAAGUCCAAUAUAUCAUCAUUUUUACUCGUAUGCAAUUGCUUUUAUAAAUAGACGGACAGAUGGUACACCAUCAGAUGUAGCGGUGACGUUAAAAGAGCUGGGUCUUGCUAGCUUAAACGGAUAUAGAGUUGAGGAUCUUUACGAAAAUGUGGACUAUGGUAUAUUAUAUCCAAACACAAAAAUUAAAGUGAAAGUCAAUCCUUCAGGAGUGGUAAUGCUGAGAGCUGAAGUUCAAUUUUCAUUUCUUUGA